AGCCAAGGAACUAACCAACCAUCAACUGAUAGCCAAGGAACUAACCAACCAUCAACUGAUAGCCAAGGAACUAACCAACCACCAACUGAUAGCCAAGGAACUAUCCAACCACCAACUGAUAGUCAAGGAACUAACCAACCACCAACUGAUAGUCAAGGAACUAACCAACCACCAACUGAUAGCCAAGGAACUAUCCAACCACCUACUGAUAGCCAAGGAACUGACCAGCCACCUGCUACCCUUGAAACAGACUCGCCACCACCUGCUGGCCAUGGUACUGACCAACCACCACCUGCUAGCCAAGGAACACACCCACCACUACUUGCUAGCCAAGGAACUGACCAACCAUCACCUGCUAGCCAAGAAAGUGAUCAGCCAUCACCUGCUAGCCAAGAAAGUGGAUCAGCCAUCACCUGCUAGCCAAGAAGCUGACCAACCAUCACCUGCUAGCCAGAGAACUGACCAGCCACCACCACCUAGCCAUGGAACUAACCAGCCACCACCACCUAGCCAUGGAACUAACCGGCCACCACCUGCUAGCAGUGUAACUGGCCAACCACCAUCUGCUAGCCAGAAAUUAAGUCAUCUUAGCACUACCAGCAGUCAAGAAACAGGUGAAACCAGUUCUGCCAAUAGCUUGGGAAAAGAUCUCUCCACAGUUGGUGUGAUGGCUUCAUUAUCAGAGACUGCUCUGAAGGUGGGAACACCACCACCUGAAUGUUCUCUUCAGCAUGAUGUCGAGGUGCCUGGAGUUGCAUCUUGUGUAUCUGUCAUCCUGAAACAUGAGACAAGAAGUACCAGUAAGAAGGUCGUACAGGGUGAUCUUAGUGUAGCACCAAUGCUGGGCGAUGUUUUCAAUGAGGAACUUAGAGGAUUAGAGGAAGUUGUGAAAUUAGGCUCGACAGAGAGUUCUUCACUGUGUACAUUUAAUAGGCUUAUGCCAGUACCAUGCGAGGCAGAUGGCUUGUCUGAGCCUAUUGGAUUAGAAUCCAAGACUAAUGCUACCACCGAGCCUACUGGCGAUACUGCAGACCUUGAAUUGUGUAAGUCUACUCCGGGAACGCCGGCAUUAUACACAUCAGAUAGUUCGUUUGAGAAUAUUUUAGAAUCCAAGCGUCAAGUUGUCAUGGAGGGUAGUGAUGUUAUCCUGGACCUGGAUGCAUAUGAUGCCUGUCCAUCACGAGAAGCCAACACCAUUGACACAGUGCUUUACAUCACUCCCACUGAGGUUUGUGUGAAGGAUGAAGACCAGGUGAAUCCCAGUGUGGGAGAGGAAGUGUACGAGGGUGUGGGUGAGAGUGACACCAGUAUUCAGAGUGUGGCUAGCAGGAGAGCAGAGGUUGCUCCAGGUAUGCCAAACACAGUUGCAGCUUCUCCCGCAUCUUCGCUACUACAACAGUCGACAGCAGAAGAGGACUUUGUUGAUGGUGUCUUCCGUGAGUGUGAUACUGACGGUGUUGGUUAUGUGUCUGCCAGCAACAUCGCUGCCCGCCUGGUGCUCGUACUCUCUGAUCUCCAGCCCAGGUGGUUGGUGGAUUCUCUCAGAGAUGCUCUGUGUAUGGAGGGUGAUGAGAAACAGUUGGACAUUAAGACGUAUCGUGAGGUACUUAUCAGCUGGCAUCACAACUGUGAAACACAUUUCAACAUGCCCUGUUCUAACACCAGUGCCCAUGCCUGCGAGGAGAGUAACACCAUACCUCCUGAAGCAGGAAGUAACAGCUUGAAUAUUAUGGAUAUGCUUUCGCCGCUCCGCCACAGCCCUGGGUCAAGCCAGGCUUCCUUCACACUAUACCCAGGCACUACACCCAUCCUGCCCCAGGGUUCUGAGAGUCUGAUGGAAGAUGAAUUCUUCGCCUGGUGUGGUUACCAUGACAACACAGAAUGUAAGCCCAGGACAACGCCACCCAAACCCAAGUUUCUAACAGAUAACUGCAAGCGCUCUUUGCAACGUGACUUCGACGCCAGUAAUCGACGAAGCACGCUGUUGCCGUGGGGACGGUCGCCGAGCCGUGGUGGCAACGGUGACGGGAUAGUAGGGACCAGGAGCAAGAGACUGGGCAUGUCCCGUUCUCCCUCACCAGUACCACCUGCUUCCACACCCUCCGUCAUUGCUGACAAGACUGACAUUAAUACCUUCGACCAUGCCACCUGCAGAGGCGAGAGCGAUAAGAUGAACCACAUGGGACGGCUGUCGGAGCAGUCUGCUCUUAACUUCACCUACGGCAGUAUAGAGGAUGAAGGCGGCGUCACCAAACCGGAUCCAGGGGAACUGGAACAAGAGGUCCUGGAACUGGAGCACACCAACCGUCGCCUCACAGGCGAGAAAGCUGAACUCACAACCAUUCUCACCCAUGCUGAGGAUGCCAACGUCUCUCUCAGGGAGCAGUGUCGUUACUUGGAACAUACACUCAGCAAUGUUCAACAGCAGCUGGUGUCAGCACGCAAACUGGAAACUGAGAUGGAAGAGGUUCGUGUCCAACUGGACUCUGAGAGAGAGGAGAAGGAGCGACUACAGAGUACCCUAGCUCAGCUGGAGAAGGACAACCUGGCUCUCAGCCUCAGACUUGAGGCUCUCAUCCAACAGCUCAACAGCGCCCAUGAGGAUGUUGAGAACCAAACACUGGUGGAGAGAGAGUUAGUGAGAAGCCACAAGUCUGAGGUGGCCAUGCUGGUUGCUGAGUUGGCAAAGUGGAAACAUGAAGCUGAAACACAGGCUCUGGCUUCACAUCAUUUGGAAGAAACUGUCAAGGACCUCAGGAAACUUACAGAGGUUCUGCGUGAGGAGAGAGCCAGCCUGGAGGACCAGCUGUCAGAUGUCAGGGAAGAGCUGGCUUCAGUCAAGGCUCAAGCUGAAGUCGAGGUUAGUGGUGUUGAUAUAGUGGAAGAAUCUUCACCAAAUGUUUGUAAAGUAGAGGAAGGGGUGACUGUUCCUUUGAGUGCAGCUACUUGGGGACCCCUCUCACUGUCUGCACCAGAGGAUACUCCGUCGUUACUUGGACCCACCCGAGAAGCCACCCUCAGCAUUCAUUCUGAAAUACAAACUAUGGGUGAGGAAAGUGGCUCAUUACCAUUCUGUGAAAAGAUUGAAGAUAACGUGAUGACAGCAUCCAAGAGUCAGAGUGAGGAGAUGAUCACUCAGCUUCCUGUCUCUGACGUGGCACUCUCCACACAGACCAGCCUCGUCCUCAAAAUGCUGAAGUUGUGGCAGGACUGGGAGGAAGAAGGUGUACCUCUUCUGAAGAGUAUGAUUAAGGAAGACACUUCUGCUCUUCAUGCUCACUUCAAGUCUCACCGUAAUGAACUGAUAAAAUUAGGAAAGCAGCUCCAGGAGAUCACAAGAAAAACUGCAGUGGAAACUCCGUCACCCUACAGAAAGUCACCACUAAGUCACUCUUUUAAAAGAGGACCAUUAAGUACCUCGCAGGACGCACGGGUGCCCUCAUUGCAAAGUGCAACACCUCGGUCAAGAAUCCAAAGGACGCCUGGGUCUAUAGUCUCUCAACUUAUUUCAAAAUUUGAGCAUUCUAGUCAGUCCGCAAGCCCAGUGAACUCAGAGCUCAGUGAGAGAUUAAGCUUAACAUACAGUGGCAGUAAUCUCUCCAAAAUAGUGCAGAGAUUUCAAGAUAGACGAGACUCCUUAAGCUCAUUUAGUGAAUAUGAUGCUGGAAGGAGAAACAGUUAUGAUGGUGGUUGCAGUUCUGUUAGCUCUGAUGUUGGUAAGACCUCUAAUUCUCCCACAAGCAAUUCUCCCAUUACCUUCAAGACUAUGAACAAACAUGCGAGUCACAAAGAUAAUCAUUUUGGGUUAGAUUUAGGAAGUGAAGAAACAAGUGAUGAAUGUUAUUUUAGUAAGAAACCUGUAUGUGCCAAAGAUAGUGAGAAUGAACUAAACUGUACUUCUCAGGAAUAUGAUAUUAAUGACAGUAGUAUCGAGCAAGAUCGUGAAUUUUCAUACAUAGAUACUAGGAACUCUAUUGAAAAAAAGAGCAUGGACUGUAUGUAUGAUAAUUUAAAUACAGAAAAACAAAAGAUUGAUGGUGCAAUACUAGACUUCGGAUUCGAUGAGGACUUGAAUGCUGAUGGUAAUGAGAGGAAUAAGGAUCAGAAUCAUCGAGGAACUGAGCGACUCGAAGAUGCCGUAAAGAAUAAUGAGAAUAAAGUUGGAGAAGUUGAUCUAGAAUUUGAAGAGGACGUUUACAUGGAGACCAGUCACUUGAUGAAGCUGAUGAAUGAAGUGGCUGAGCAGAGGAUUAUUAUUACACAGCUGAAGGAGCAGUUGAUGAGGACAGAAGAAGAGAAGGAAUCCUUCACAGCUUUGCUAGCCCGCCUCCAUCGUCUUAUCUUACACGUUUCCACACAAACUUUUAAAUGGACGGAGGGGGUACGGAAGGAGUGGUUAUCAGUGGUUCCUAGUGGAGAAGAGGAGGAGGGGGCGACAGACCCCUUGAGAACUCCAGGUACCUUGGAUGAUGUUCCCCUUACCGGCACGCACUCACGGGAGGAGAUCGAGUCUUUAAUACGAACAAGAUGUGACCUGGGAUGCCAGCACUCUGACAACUUCAAUAAGGAAUACAUCAACCCUGAGAACUUAGCAGCAGAGCUGGAGAAGGAGCUGUUGGCACUGAAGCUUCAUGUAGCACGCUCCCACGCUCUCCUCCACCACUACCAGAGUUCCAGUCUUUAUGGGAGUAGAAGUGAGGUGUCGACCCCGCCCGUAGCUGGUGCUCAACAUGUACAAGGUGUGGAGGCGGGUGUGGAAUGUGAUCUGUGUGGACCUACGUGUGCACCUCGACCCUCUGGCUCCACUGCUACCCAGACUCCAGCAUCACCGGCUCCUGCUACCCCAGAGAGUGAGGAUACUGUGGCGUGUGCCCCUGCCACAGUGUGGGAGGCAGACGAUGGUGUCUGUGUCAGAGAGGAGCUACUACACCAGGACUCCCCCCACCUGCGUCUCCCCCAGCACCGUGACCUUCGUCAGGUGGGUCUUCACUACCCAUACACACCCCAGCAUCGACCACUGCGCCAGGUGCGCCUCCCACCCCAACACCGUCCACUGCGCCAGUGGGUGGAAGUGACUGAGGAGGUGGAGGAGGAGGAAGAUUCUCUACAAGAGGUGGUAGCCAGCGACAUGGCUAGCGACCACACACUCUACGCUCCUAAACCAGCCUACGACCAACUGGACCAGUACAGGAUGUCACGCAAGUUGUCUGUGCUACACGAGGAAGCUGAGGACGUAUUAUCGUGUAGUUCAACCAUGUCAUCGAGAUCUCCCAUUCAGCCAGCGGGGAGGUCACCAGCACCAUCCGCACACUCAGCCACUACCGUGGAUGAUCCCACUUCCUCCCCGUUCACCAUCUGUCACACUGACAGGGAAAGCCAUGACAACGUCGCAGUUAUUGGUGAUGAUGUGAUGCCUCAUCACUGCUUCAUGUUACCACUCACCGCAGCAAAUGAUGACCCGUGUGAUGAUGGUAGCGGCCUUCUCCUCUCACCACAAUCCAUCACUUCACAGAUGCUGGCGCUGGCAUCUCCCGUCUCUCCCUUCUCUUCCUCGUCUCCCUUCUCAACGUCUCUUGAAGACUUGCCAUCUGCCGCAGGCAUGGAAACCACUUUCUUACAGGAAACAGAUGAAAAACACAACCACGAUGGAGACUUCCGUCACCAGGAUAUCGGGGAACGACUGAGUAUGUCAUCCUUGACGGAGUCUGCCGAUCUAACCUUUGAAUCACAUUCUGAAGCUGUGAAACAUUAUUUACCACAAGACAUGAGCAUGGCACAGCAGGUAAAGUUGACUAGCGGAGCACAACAUGACACCAGAGGAUGGAAACCUCAGGAAUAUGCAACGUGCAAAAUGUCGAAGUCAGUCUCUGGCGACUAUUACAGCUUAGUGGAUGAAUGUCAGGAGAGCGAGACGCGGCCCUUAUUAAGCAUUGGAGAGGAAGCAGGAGUACAACAACAACGUCGGAGGUCAACUGGCACCAUGAACCACCGGGGAAUCUCUCCUUCCUCCUCCUCAGCAUCUGGACGAAGUCUCUCCUACUCCCGGCCACUGCAAUUAGGUUCUGUGGCUCCAACCGUUCAGAGCAUUGUAGCCCCGUCAUCAACAGUGGCGUGCUCAGUUAUAGCUUGUGUUGACUCUCUUAAGAACGACAGUGUUUCAGAUUUCCUUGCCGGAGACUCUUUAACGCGUCGUGAUUCUCUGACCUUGCCACCAGGACCGGCCAAACUCUGGUGGACGCCGCGCUCGCGCGCGGCAUCUCCAUUGUUUUCUUCUGCUGAGUCAUCACCGCUUGGGUCCCCAGCGUACCGUACACCACCUGAAGGCACUCCGUGGUCUACUCCGCGUCCCUCACUAGAGUACACUCCUGCGCUGGAGGGUCGUCUGGAUGCUACACCAAGUGGAGAAAGCAACAUUUCUGACAGUCAACUAGACGGUACACCGUUCCACACCCCUAGACCGUCCCUCACGCCCCGGCCGUCCCUGGUGCUAGAGCCCAGCGAGGGACCCCCUUGUAUGCUCCUACUGGCUGGAGACGAGCCUUCACGGAGCCCUGGGCUUCCCUGCACGUUCAGAAUUCGUCAUGACUCUGAUUCUCCGCAGGAUGAGAUCUGGACACAGGCAUACUCCUUCAGUAGCUUCAACGGGCACUCACCAGGGCAUGACUUACCUGGCGGGGCAUUUUCACUGCCCACACGACCCGAGAAACACUUAGCAGGCAGAGAGUCACCAGUGUUAUCCGACAAGGAGCGUACUACUGCACCAGCCCUAACACUUGCACAAGAAGAGUAGUGACGCCUGGUGAUCAUUACUGAUAUACAACUAGUGACUAGUACCGGGUAUCGUGGCACCAACAAACUGGAAAUGAAAUUAGGCUACGUUUCGGCCUGUCUUGGACUUGGUAAUGGUUUAGGACGGAGUGAAACAUUGCCUGAUUUGUAAGUUGCAAAAUACAUAGUCUAGAAUCGUGUGAUGGUGCAAUCUUGCAGUGUGUUGACCAAAGAAACACAUUGAUGACUACUGGAGUGAGGCGUAAUACCUCACCUAUCACAUUAGUGAGGUAUAAUACCUCACAUAUCA